UAGUCUGUAAAGUACAGGAGUCGGAUGAGGGGGAGGGGAGUUUUGCAUUACGCGUAGGAGUGGCAAGUCUAGUCCGUUCCUUCGAGCACAAUGAACUGUACGCUACAGCUGGCUGUUACGUCUAGUCUAGUCUAUGAGACCAGGCUGGGCUACAGGAGGAACAAAAAAAGUGGCAGUUUACUGUUGUGGUCUUACCUACUGUUUUAAAACCGCUACCUGAUCUGCUAUGGCAGCGAUCAUGGGACUCCCAUAUCCAGUUCGGAAAGAAGGAAUAAGAUGUGUUGAUACGUGGACACGCACUGGCGGCGCGCUCGGUGGUCGUGUUUGAUGUAACCUACCUUUGACAGGUACUGGUCAGAGCUCUUGCAGACGUGUCGAACCAAGCACCGUUGUAGAACCGAGCUAGAAAGCGUACUGUUUGGGGCCAGAAACAGCAACUAUGGCCCAACGCUUCGAGGCCAUGAAUUGCUUCAAAGGGCGUUUUGGACAGGAUGUGGAGAAACAGCACCAAAAGCUGUCAAAACCAAGAUGGGAUACCCCCAAAAACAAGGUGCCCACAGACCGGACCAUGGUGGUGGGUGGCAGGCAAGGUGGGGGCGGUAAAGGUUCCAAACGUUCAGGAGGUACCCUGAGAAAACAGCGCCAGCGCUACGUGGAGAAGGACGGCAAGUGCAACGUGCAUCACGGCAAUGUGCGCGAGAAAUACCGCUACAUGACAGACAUCUUCACUACCCUGGUGGACCUGAAGUGGCGCUUUAACCUGCUGGUGUUCACCCUGGUCUACACAACCACCUGGGUGUUCUUCGGUCUCAUCUGGUGGCUCAUCGCCUACAUCCGCGGAGACCUGGACCACACCGAUGACGGAGACUGGAUCCCCUGCGUCAACAACCUCAAUGGCUUCGUCUCCGCCUUUCUCUUCUCCAUCGAGACGGAGACCACCAUCGGCUACGGCUACCGGGUCAUCACUGAUAAAUGCCCAGAGGGGAUUCUCCUGCUUUUAGUCCAGGCCAUCCUGGGCUCCAUCGUCAAUGCCUUCAUGGUGGGAUGCAUGUUCGUCAAGAUCUCCCAGCCCAAGAAGCGAGCCGAGACGCUCAUGUUUUCCCACAAGGCGGUGAUCUCUGUGAGGGACAGCAAGCUGUGUUUGAUGUUCAGGGUAGGAGACCUGAGGAACUCACAUAUCGUGGAGGCCUCCAUCCGGGCCAAGCUGAUCCACUCCAAGCAGACCAAGGAAGGGGAGUUUAUCCCUCUCAAUCAGACGGAUAUUAAUGUGGGCUUCGAUACGGGGGACGACAGGCUCUUCCUGGUGUCGCCACUCAUCAUCUGUCACGAGUUCAACGAGUGCAGUCCCUUCUGGGAGAUCUCACAGGAACAGCUGGAGAGAGAGGAGUUUGAGGUAGUGGUCAUCCUGGAGGGCAUGGUGGAAGCCACAGGAAUGACAUGCCAGGCGCGCAGCUCCUACCUAGACUCAGAGGUCAUGUGGGGGGAGCGCUUCACCCCUGUGCUCUCCCUAGAGGAGGGCUUCUACGAGGUGGACUAUGAAUCCUUCCACCACACCUACCCUACCCCGACCCCCACCUCCUCUGCCCGAGAGCUGGCUGAGCUGGCCAAGAAGGGAGAGGCUAUCCCCCUACCUCCCCAGUCCCCACCUCCAGUCCUGGAGCCACCCCCACCACACCCAGAGAAGGAGGAAGACAGAGGGGAGGAAGAGGUGGGGGUGGAGGCGAUAGGGGAUGGAGAGGGGGAUAACGUUAGCAAUGGAGAUGCUAACAGGAUGGAUGAUGGGCAUGAAUGAGUGUGCAUUGGUGAAAACACAGACCAUGUCAUCAGAUGAUGCUGCUCACUGGUAUAAAACAAGUUCAUACAUGGAACAGAGGCAAGAUUUCAAAACCUCAACAUCAUGAAGAUAGGCAAGAAGUACUUGUGCAAGUGACUCAAUGUCUCAAAUUGCUUUGGUAUCAAACUUCAUCAACUGAUGAAUAAUAUCCUUUAGUUUUUGACUGCUAUUAGGAGGGACCAAAAGUAUGUCUUCACUCGGACUCAUAAUUUUUUAUUACAGCAUUUAGUGCCAAUAUUCUGAUCUAAAACAACUUGGAUAACUUGGUCAAUCAAUCAAGUUUAUUUUAUAUAGCCCUUCGUACAUCAGCUAAUAUCUCGAAGUGCUGUACAGAAACCCAGCCUAAAACCCCAAACAGCAAGCAAUGCAGGUGUAGAAGCACGGUGGCUGGGAAAAACUCCCUAGAAAGGCCAAAACCUAGGAAGAAACCUAGAGAGGAACCAGGCUAUGAGGGGUGGUCACUUGGUGAAUAUGAUUUUAAAAGUUUCAAGUAAUGUGAUGUAAAUUAUUGAAUAAUUUGUACUAGACUAGAUGUGUGUAAGAAUGACUGUGAAAGAGGAUGAAUUAAAGGAGGCCUGGCCAAAUGCCCUUCCAUUUCAAGUAUUUUGAUACACGUUUUUCUUACAUGUGUUAAUUUUCGUGAAUGAAUAUUUACCUUGUAUUCAAAUCUUAAAUGACUAAGUUUGAAAGGCCUUUGUCUUUGAAUUAAUUGUUUAAAGUUAUGGUUUGGAUUUCUUGCACCAUUUUGUUGGCUUCACAAAUGAUCCUGUUCAAGGCAUUUUGGAAGGGUUUGCUAUUAGUGGGCGUUGCCAACAACCUAAAAAAUAAUUGAGUGCUUAUCAUGGAAAUUGAAAUGAUUGAAGCCUUAUUUGUUUAUUUUUUCAUUUUACAUCGACACAGAUAGGUUGAUAGGUUUUUAGAGUCAGUUGUGCCAUAUUGAGUCUUACCUUGGUGAAGAUUUCCCUCUACUGGCUGUAGAACGUCAUGACAAGCACAACCUGGUCCUCUCGGGUCUCUCCAACUUCUUCCAAGCCUGAUCAAGUAAGAAAAAGAUGAAGGGAAUGAAUAAUCGGUCCAAUUUUGUUAUGCAAUCAUAUAUAAGUCAGUCAUUAAUCAUCAGACAAGGCGUAAAACCCCCAAACACAAGCAAAAUGUGAUAUUGGCAAGUAUGGUGAAAGGUGUGUUUAUCAUAAUGAAGCAGCAGGGGUCCCUUAAAACUGUACCCAUUCUAAUUGUAAACAAGGAAUACUGCACUGCCACUGAAAGCAAAACUCAAAAUGACAUAAUACCAUCAAAUCGCAUAGAAAUCAAAUUAUACUUAAAUCAAAUCAUACACAAUCAAAGUCGUACAUGUGAUCACUAAGGUGACAGGCAUACUACAUGUAAUACACAUUGUUGUCAUGUAGUCCAGGACAGAGGUAGCUCUAGAAAACCCAAGGGACCAUACCCAGCCCUCUUGGGUUCUCAUUUGAACCAUUGACCACAUUGCGGGCAAUGUGUACGAGGCGAAGCCGAGUGGCGUAGACCACCACAGCCAUGAUAAUGCCAUUUAUUUGGAUACAUCCAUAACAAUGAGCUAAUGAUGUGCGAUUUCACCUGACAUAGAAAAUGUGCUCUCUCAUCAGGACACUGUUGUUCAGGUGAGCUAGCCAACAACACAGCUAACACAAUCUCUUCAAACUGAAGCUGGACAGAUUGCAAACGAGCUGCACUUAGUUUCGUUUGACCUGUUUUCUAUUGAUAUUUAUUUGUAUACAUCCAUAAAACAUUAUGCUGAUUCAUGAUUUCGACUGGCUAAGAAAAGCUGCCUGCCUAUCUGUCUCAUCCCAACACAUUCAUUACUGUGCAUGCGACAUCGAAUGGAAAUAUUGAAUUUUAUUUGCAAAUGUCAGACAGCAAGGUUAAUACAAAUCUCUGCUGUUGAAAACUAAAUGUUAGUCUAAAAGAAAUGUGAGAUAAUGUCUAGAUGCUUUUUAUAGUGGAGAGUUUAUAAAUUGCCUGGCUGGGUUGAGACAGUGGAUUGCGCAGUUAGAGAGAGGAACAGAGUAAAUAGCCAUUUUAACGUCAUAGCUGGUGGUAUUUGUGGAAUAGACACCGGCUGGAAUGAGGUUUUAACCAAUCAGCAUUCAGGAUUAGACCCACCUGUUGUAUAACCUUUAUUAUAAACUGAGUGAUUCGAACCCUGAGUGAUUCGAUCCCCGUGGUAUACCACGGUCUGACACUGUCACGACUUCCGCCGAAGUCUGUCCCUCUCCUUGUUCACAGGCGGAGACGGAGACUAUGGAAACAUAUGUCUCCGAAUCCCUGCGUCAGGGGUACAUUCGGUCCUCCACUUCACCCGCCUCCGAGUUUAUUUUCUUGUGAAGAAGAAGGAGGGG